CGCUUCUCGGUCCUCCUCUCACCUAUGCUCUACUGUAAAGCAAUAGAAUGCCCAAUUAAUGAAGCAGAGAUGCCAAAACCCUUCAUUGUACUCUUCGCUGAACUGGCUAGUUCCCUAGCUGCAUGCAUUAUAUAUAGAUAUACACGCAACCAUACAGACACCAUAUAUACUGCCAUGACUGUAGCCGGCCUAAGCUUUGCCGCGCCGGCUUGAAAAUCAAAGAGUCAGUUUGGCUAUUGUGAAAAACACGAUGAGCUCAAACUGGGUGGUGGAUAUCCAGAAGAAAAUGAAUGACGUGGACCCGUCCAAGGAGCUUGUCCUCUGGAGCAAACAAUCCAUCUACAAGGUACCAGCUUGUAUCAAGGACCUAAACCCGAAAGCCUACAAGCCCCAGAUAAUCUCUUUAGGGCCCUACCACCAUGGUGACACCCACCUCCUGCCCAUGGAGGAACAUAAGCAAAGAGCCCUCCUCCAUUUCCUCAAGAGGUCUAGCAACAAAGCACUCGACGAAUGCAUGGCAGCCAUGGAGGAGGUGGAGCCGCUGUUGCGAGCCUCCUACCAGGGCCUCGAAGACCGAUGGAACAAUACGGAUCCCUUCUUGCAGCUCAUGAUCGUGGACGGAUGCUUCAUGCUUGAGGUCUUGCGCGUUGCCACUGGUCAUCACAGCGCUGCCGAUUACGUGUCCAACGAUCCCAUCUUCAGCAAUCACGGCAUGCUCUACACCGUGCCUUACAUCAAGAGAGACAUGCUCAUGCUCGAGAACCAGAUUCCUCUGCUUGUUCUCGAGAAGCUGCUUACCAUCGAGACAGGCACUCCUCCGAACGAAGACCAUAUAAACAAGCUAGUGCUCAAGUUCUUCUCACCGGAAGUGCGCGUCCCAACCAUGCCGCUCGGGCUCCACCCUCUGGACGUGUUCCGAAAGAGCUUGCUCCAGGGACCCACGAUAAAAUCGCCCUCGCAGAAGGAUCACGUGUCGAGCGAGAUCAUUGGAACGGCGAUGGAGCUAGACGAGUCAGGUAUUCGGUUUAAAACCAGCAAAAGCAACAGCCUGAGAGACAUCCAGUUCAGGCAUGGCAUCCUGUACCUCCCGGUCAUCGUGGUGGACGACGCCACAGAGUACAUGUUCCUGAACCUCAUGGCAUUCGAGCGGCUUCACGUGAAUGCCGGUAACGAGGUGACAGCCUACGUCUUCUUCAUGGACAACAUCAUCGACUCGGCCAAGGAUGUGAGCCUGCUGAACUCCAAAGGUAUCAUCCAGAACGCUUUGGGGAGUGACAAAGCCGUGGCCAAGCUCUUUAACAGCUUGUCCAAGGAUGUAGUGCUUGAUCCGGAGAGCACCCUGGACGACGUGCAUCGCAGGGUCAACAAAUACUGCCGCAAGAGGUGGAACAUGUGGCGUGCAAAUCUCAUCCACACAUAUUUCAGGAACCCUUGGGCCUUCCUAUCCCUCGCCGCAGCCAUCUUCCUCAUUUUCCUCACUGUGGCCCAGACCUUCUACGCCAUUUAUCCAUACUACGUUCCCUCUCAAGACUCUUCUCCAGCUCCUCCAGCCAUCUUUGCGCCCCCUCCUGCUUGAAUCAAUCCGGCCACUCAUGAACUCUCUAAUGAUUUGAUUUAAUUUAUGCUUGCAUUUGUUUGAUGAUUUCCAGGCUUCGGGUACGUAGGCUUUCCAUAUACACUUACCUCACAGAAUGUUUAAAAAAAUAAUGGCGUCCCCACUCGCGAGUUGCGAGUUGCGAGUGCUGUUUGUUUGUCUGUCCAUAUAUUCCUGAUCCUGCAGCGCCGAAAAACAUUGAAGAGCAUGGAUUAGGCUCAUGGUUUGCUUUAAUCUUACAUGAAAAGCUUGACAGUGAUGAAUUUUUUCAUUUAAUUAAUUAAGUCUCUUAUCUUUUUUCUUCUUUUUUUUUUAUCUUAAAUAAAACAAAAGUACCUCA